AUGACAUCUUUGUCAGCAUCUGUGUUUGAAAUCCUUGUAGCACCAAUAACUUUUGAUUCUUCAUCCUGCUUUGCCUGGAACAGAAACACUUCUCAGAAGAGUUUUGGGAAAAAUACUUCUUCACCUGAAUCAGAAUAUAUAAAGAAAGAAAAGGCAAAAAAAACAACUACUGAGAAGGUGGAUAGUCAGCCAAUUACCAAGAAAACAAAUGAAACUGUAUUAGAAAAGAAAGCCACAAGUGGUGAAUAUGUGUCGGUUCAUCCAAAGGAAGUUGAAGAAAAACUUAUAAGAAAAGUAAACAAUGAAAAAGAGAAAAUUGAACAAGAAUUGGCUAGGAUCAAAUUACAGUCAAGUAAAGAUGCGAAACAACAUGAAGAAGAGUGUCAAAAACUUCGUAUUCAAAAUGAAAAGUUGCAAGAGCAAAAAAGGAAGACUGAAGAUAACUUAAAUCAGAAGAUUGAUCAACUCUCGAAUCAAAUCAAGAACAACAAGGUGAAAUAUCAGAAAAUUAUUGAGGAGAAUAACACUUUAAAGAGAACUCCUCCCAGACCUGUUGUUGAUAAUUCAGAAGAGAAGAAAUUAGAACAAAAAGUUCAUAUUUUGGAAGAAGAACUUGAUAAAAACACAAGAAGGCUCGAAAUUUCUGAGAAAUAUAAAGCUAAAUCUGAACUGAAAAUAAAGGAACUACUUGAGAAAAUGAAGAAUGAAACAAAUGCAAAGAGAAUGAAAGAAGUUCAAAUGUCUCUUAAAAAUUUGCAAAAUGAUAACUCAAGAUUAAGUGUAGAAAAUAGCAAACUCAAUGAUGCUUUAACUCAGGCUGAAAAACAGUGUGCUUCAUUCAAUAUUCAGUUGAAAAACCUGUAUAAAGAAAUAGAAAAUAAGGAUGCUGACUACAAUGAAAAAAUUAAAGAAGUUGAAAAAGAACUAAAGUUAGUUAAAAAGGAAAAUAACCGUUUGCUGGAAACAAGUAUGCACCUGAGUAAUCCUCUAACAAUUGAGGCAUCCCUUGAACACAAAGAACCAGCUGGUGCCCCAAAUGGCGAUGUUCAAGAGGAAAAAUUUACUUGCACCAAAAUUUCACUUAUUGAACAUGAGCGAAUUCUUGGAGAAAAGAAUUCUGAAAUAAUGCAGCUAACUUCUGAAUUAUCUACUCAUGAGACUGAGACUACAGCCAGAGUAGAAGAGAAAGAUAAUGAAAUCAGAGCCAUAACAUGUAAAUUAAACAACAAUGUUAAAGAAGUUGAAGAAUUAAAAAAGGAAAUUAAAGUCUGGCAUGCUAAAAAUGAUGAUCUCAGAAAAAAGAACUGGAAAGCAAUGGAAGCUUUAAAUGAGUCUGAGAAAUCUUCGGAACAGCAAAUUGUUGAUGCUGUACGUACUGCUGAAGUGCAGGCUGCUGAUACUUUUUCACAUGACAGAGCACUAUUACAGAGUAUCUUUCCAAGUAUAACUGUUGAUAACUCAUUGGAACAUACAAUUUGGAUGAAAACAUUUGAACAAAAAGCUGUUGAAUUUUUAAAAUCUAAAGCUGAUGAACCAGUUUCUAAUUUGAAAGAAAUGACAAAAAAUGUAGAAUUAUUUGAAAAAAAGCUUGAUGUGGCUAUGAAGGAAUCAACAGAAUUAGCUGCCCAAUUAAAAUCAGAAAAAGAUCUUCAAAUAAAAAUAUCUGAUAAAUUAAAAGAAUCAGAAACUAAGUUUAUAGAAUUACAGUCAGCUUAUGAAAUAAAAUUAGCAGAAUUGUCUAAUGAAUUAGCUACCCAAACGAAGAAAUAUUCAGAUUUUGAAAAAAUGUAUGAAGCUUUACACUCAAAUUUGCAACAUAAUGAAGUAGAAAAUAAAGAGUUAAAAGAGCAUGUUAAUUCAUUGAACAUGCGGUUAACAGAAUCACCUGAAGAUAAGGUUAAAUUAGAAAAUAAACUCAAAGACUAUCAAAAUCUAUUUUUAAUCACUGAUGAAAAAUUACAAUUGCUCCAAAAAAGUGUUGAAGAAGAAGAGCAGAAAUGGAAACAUGCUUUAGCAGAGGCAGAGAAAGAGAUACAAAUUCUUAAAGAAAAGCAAACAUCUUUAGAAUACUUAAAAUCAGAAGUAAGUAAACAACAAGCCUUAAUUGAGGAAGAACAAGGGAAGAACAGAGAUUUAGCACAAACUGUUGUAAAGCUUAAUGGAAUUAUCAAGACUGGACAAGAUGCAUUAGCUCAAGAGCAGAAUCUAGUUGAAAAUCUAAAGCAAAAAUUUUGUGUGAAGGAAUCAAAUAAUUCAGCACAGAAAAUAGAACAAACAUCAGGGAUUGCUAAUAGUGAUGUAGGAACUUCAGUUUAAGAGGACCAAAAUCUAAAGAUAUCUUCAUCAAUUGGAAGGCCAUACACAAGAAUCUAAAACUACACAUCAUGUAUUCUAAUUGAUCUUUUUUCAUUUCUUUUCAAUUUUGUUAUGACUACAUUUAAUUUUUUAAUAUGUCAAUUUAUUGCUAACAUGACCAGUUUACUUUUGACUUUAAUAUCAUAUUUAAUAGUAGGUGGCGAGGUGGCAGAACCAUUAGCACACUGGGCAAACUGCUUAGUGAUAUCUCGUCUAUCUUUACGUUCUGAGUUCAAAUUCCGCCAAGGUUGACUUUGCCUUUCAUCCUUUCGGGGUUGAUAAAAUAAGUACCAGUUGAGCACUGGGGUUGAUAUAAUCAACUUACCCAUCUGCCCAGAUAUUGUUGGCCUUGUGCCAAAAUUUGAAACUAAUAUUAUAUUAAGUAGUAGUUGAAUACUUUAUAUCGCUUGAUAGAUUUUUUUUAUAGCUAACUGUAUUUAAGGAAUCUUGUGCCUUUUAUAGAAGUUGAACUUUUAAAAUAUUUUUUUAAGUAAUGUACUUUUAAAAGUUCAAAUUCUUUAUUUAAUUUAGUAUGUGAGGAAUUUUGGAAAUUUGUUAAUUUAAGUAGUAAUUUUGUGGAUAAAAGGAAAUAGACACUUUUGCUGAAUUAAGCUGAAGUUUGAAACAUUUUCAUAGAUAAUUAUGAUUGAGUUGCUAAAAGUAAAUUUAAAACAAUUCAAAGGAAAAAUU